CCACAGACGGACGACCCGAGCGUGGUUCAAAGUCCAACAACGGUGAUGAAGUCAUCACCAAGAACUUAGUACUUGUGUGGUCGCCAUCUUGGAAAAUUUGCUAGACCACCUGUACCUACCAUGUAAAAUGUCAUAAUACCGAGAGGUAAUUCGCUCAAAGACUGUCUGAAGCGAGCCAUAUUUUCUUUGACACCACUCCGGAUUGUUGUCACCAACAGUUUCCUUUCAGUACAAACAACAUGUUGGAGAGAGUGGCGGCCUGGCUAGUCAUGGCAACGUGCUUCCUGGAGACAACCUGCGGACAAAACCGUGACGUCGGUUCCGAGGUGACGUUUACGAACGUUGACGGGUCCUUUGUGGAGUACCUACCGGUGUGGUUACCUGACAGUCCACAGGGCGUAAGAUUAGACUUUCGCACGAACCAGCCUGACGCCCUGCUGAUAUAUCAUGAAUACACGACAGAGGAGGAGGGGGAUCCGCCAUACGUCAUCUUCGUACAGGUGGAAGAUGGGAGGAUAGAAAUCAACCACAUCUACCUGAACUGGAAGGAGACAGUAAGAUUAGGCAGGGUCCUGGUGGAGGACACGUGGCACAGCGUCGCCUACAGAAAAGACCCGGCGACCCGCGUGCUGACUGUGACCGUGGACGGGGUGACGGAGACCAUACCGCUGCGCACGGACGUGGACGGGAUCUUAGACCGGGGACCGCCGGCAUCUACCACUGCAGUGUACCUAGGAGGACUGCCUGACGGACACGACCACCGACACCACGUCCUGAGCAGGUACUCCCAGUUUGUCGGCUGUAUGAGGAACGUGCAGUUUCUGGUCGACGGAUCCAACAGGACGUUGACCCCGGUCAGACAGGUGGACGUACAGAACACGUGCAUAGACCGCUGUCAGAACAACGAUGUGUGUCGACACGGGGGCGCAUGCGUCAACGAGUACUAUCGGAUCACAUGUGACUGCUACGGCACUGGGUACGAGGGGCAGUUUUGCGAGAAAAGCGAAAUCACGGAAGUACUUCUGAAGGGGAACAACUACGUGGAGUUUGUCAAGGAGAACGAAUUGGAUCGACUCGUCAACAGGAUAAGUCUGCAGUUUAAGACCCAACAACAGACCGGGACACUUUUCUUCGGCUUCGGCCUCCACCCGACCCGGAACUACAUCAUGGGGAGCGUGCGGCAGGGUCACGCCGUCUUUACCAUCGACUUCGGGGACCGGCCCAUGAGCCUGACGUCUGCAGAGAGGGUGGACGACAACAGGUGGCACACGUUAGUGAUCAUGCACAGUGGUCCAGAAGUGUCAAUGGCAGUGGACUCCGCGCCUGCGCAGACCCUCCAGGCGGACGCGUUGUACAAGAGUUCAUGUGAUGAGUAUUACCAAAUGGGUGAGCGACGAACGGGAGUGUGGAAGAUAGAUGUUGAUGGUAGGGGACCACUGCCGCCAUCUUACGUGCACUGCACGAUGGAGACAACGGAGGAUGGAACUCAAGCAGGGACCACUACUAUCAGCCAUAACCUGGCUCCUGAGACUGUGGUUCGCCGAUCAGGUCUGACAGACACCCUGCUGCACGUGUCGUACCGGGACAUGGACCAGUACGGACAGACGUUACUCCACCUGCUCCGGAUGUCUCAGUCCUGCCAGCAGUGGGUGGAGUAUCAGUGCAGAGCCGCCCCACUCAGAUUAGGGGUAAGCACGUGGUUCUACGGCGCCGAAGAGAUUCAAUACAGCACCAUCGGCCAUCCGGUGAACUCAUCCGCCACAGAUGGGAAAUGCAGUUGUUGGUACAGCAACACAUGUGCAGAGGAGAACUUGGGUUGCAACUGUGACAAAGGAGAUGAAACAUGGCGGACAGACUCGGGCUACAUCCGGGACACUGCCCACCUGCCAAUCACAGACGCCGUACUUCUGCAGGCGGGAAACACGGACAGAACGGAAGGACGUCUGUCACUCGGUCCUCUACAGUGUACGGGAACAAAAACAGACGACCCUUCCUACGGGGUCACAUUUACCCGGGAGUCUUCGUACAUCGUGGUGGAUCCCGGGUGGAGGGAGGGAGAUCUGACGUUUAGCUUCAUCACUUACAACACCAGCUGUAUCCUGCUGUACCAACAGCCCAGCGCCACCAACCCAAACUAUCUUCUUAUCUACAUGAUGAACGGUCGAAGUGUAGUGUUUCUUUUCCGAGUGGGCGACAUCUUUGAGAACAUCACGAUGACGUCAGACCGUCUGCUGAGUAGUGGGGAAGUGCAGACUAUAUCUAUAGAGUUUGAGGAGCUUCAGGUUCGCUUUACGGUCAACAUGGGCUCUAAAAUCUACGACAUCGACAGGUUGGAAUCCUUCGACGGCUUUGCUGGUCCGUUGGUGUUGGGGGCGCUGCCAAACUCGAUGUCAGUAGUCCACCUGGAGGCACGGACGGGGAUGGUGGGCUGCGUCACGGUCUUCAAGGUCAAUGGUAACCCUAUUGACCUUCGGCAGUACGUCGGUGACCCUCGGCUUCGGGAUAGCAGUCCCGGGGUUCAGACCGGAUGCCGCCACUCCUGUGACCCAAACCCCUGUCUGUACGGCGGCACGUGUGUGGACAACUGGGAAGAGUACACAUGCGCAUGCGCAGACCCUACGGCACAGAGCGGACAACACUGCGAAAACAACAUCAACUUGGACUCGGCGACCUUCUUGAGGGAAGAUGCGUUCCUCCUUUUUGAAGAAAGUCAGAACUCGGUCCUGUAUUCGGGCCUCAGAUUCGGCUUCCGAACAUUCGCGCCCGACGCCGUCCUCAUGUAUGCACACGACCACUUCAACAACUUCGUGCAGUUGGAGGUGAGAGGUGGAGACACACUGACAGUCAGCUUCAACUCGCUAAAUGAGAUCAAAGAGUUCACAGUCAAGGUCGCAGGCAUCUCGUCUGGCGAAUGGGUUGAUGUCAUCAUAUCUAGAUCAGAUAACUACCUUAACAUUGCUGCGAACAAGACCAGAGAGAGCGAAUUCGCACCCGUGAAUCUGCUGACAGUCUACAGCCAAGAUCCUUUCCCAGGCUACAGUGAAAGCAUUAGACCCGAACGUCCGUCGGCGCCACCUGCCCAGCAGACAAGGGUGUACGUAGGAGGCGUGCCGGCGUCGAUGUCUGCGUCACGCCGAGGGCUGCUGGGCUGCAUGCGGGGUCUGAAAUUCGGUCGUAAUGACGUCAAAAGUCUCGCGAGAUUAGCCGAGAAAACAGAUGGCGUUAAUAGUGGGUGUGUAGGUACGUGUGACGCUGGCCCAUGUAAACAUGGCGGCCUCUGUGAGGAACAGUGGACGGGAUUCAAAUGCAACUGUGAAGACACCUCUUACACGGGUCCAAACUGUACCAAAGAUGUUGGAGCCAUGUUCUCAGGAGGCACAGUCAUCCACCAUCAUGCCAACCCUACAGUCAACUCUUACAACGCUAGCCUCGCUUUCGUUUCCCGCCAAGCUGGCGUGCUGUUCCAUCUGUCCAGCUACAGAUCGUCCAAUGCUGUCGUCAUCAGUCUGCUGCCGACGGGACAGCUGCAGCUGCUAGUGGACCAUGGAUCGGAAAAGAAUACGAUCAACACCAAUGGGAGUUUGACGGAUGGAGUCAGACAUUACAUCCGGUUCCGGGGCACGAGGGACUCAGUUUUAAUCAAGGUGGACGAUCAUGACGAGAUGACGUCAUCUGUACCGGCUCACGUGAUGUUCAAUGAAUUUGACGUGGCCCAGCUUGGUGGGUUUGUCAGAACUGAUCCACACGUACAUGUGGACGGCUUUACAAACUUUACUGGAUGCAUGGCAGGAGUUAGAAUCAACGGUUUGCCCCCGCUGGAGAUUCUGUUCAACCCAGAAGAGGACCCGCUGAAGAAUGUCGUCACCAUCUCAGGCCCGACCAACAACACCACCUGUCCUGGCGUGGCACCGAGAGACGUGGAUGAAGUCUUCACGUUCCCGCCAUGGAACAUUGGUCCAGCUGACACGGAAACAUACUCCGCGCAGGCGCAACAGGGUGGUAGUUCCGCAGCAGCCGUGGCGGUGAGUCUGUGCGCCGUGGUUGUGGCGGUGACGAUCGGGGUGGUGUGCAUCGGGCGGAGAUACCGACGGAACAGGCGGGGAGGGAAAUUCCUGCCUAAAAAGGGAACAGCCUCGGAGAUGGAGAAGUUGAGAAGGCCAGAAGGUUCUAGCGAGGAGGAUGAGAGGCCAAAGAACGCGUCAACCAUCAAAACCAACGGUGAAAACAGCAUACCGUUAACAUCCGUGGAGCUUGACGACGAAAAACUCCAACUGAAGCCCACAACGUUCAAGCGUCUCCCCGCACUUCGGGACGAACCCGGCGACGACUCCAGCUCCGACUCGUCGCCCGAGAAUUGCCGGAAGCAGCCGACUUUGUACGAACUUGACGACAUAGACGAGGUGCCGGAGUUGGAGUGGGAUCCGCAGGGAGAGAACGCGCGGAAACAGGAGGACGAUUACUACGAGGACGACAUCUUGGCCCUCCCCGUGGUGAAGGCCAUCCGUGCAGGGGAGACGUACGGCAGACCACUUGAGGGCGGCGGUGGCCAGUAUGUACACCCUCAGAGUCACAGCACACCUAUAAAGGGAAGAGGGCGGCAGGAGGACCCAGCGGUAACCGGGGAUCAGGAGAGCAGGAGGCCCGACGAAACUCCCGUGAAGCGUUACGGUCACUCAUUUGUGUAGAAGUUUCUACAUUGUAGUAAGGACAUCCGAUGCAAUUUUAUGGCGGCAAAACUGGAUUUCCAAAGUCUAUUUUUUUGGACAUAUAAUAAGUUGAAUCAGUCCUAUUCCAUAGCAGAAUGAUAUCUGUGAGUCAUAAAUGCGAUGUCACAGAUGGAAAACGGUUGCUUGUUUAGUAUAGUAGGCUGGGUCUAGCUAUUUAUGGGUGUUGCCCACAAAGAAAAUCCUAAAGUGAUGCCACACGUUGCUUGCUUUUGAGCUAUGAUGAGGAAGUUAUGACGAAAAUGUGCUCAUGAAAUGAUGUCGAAAUGACAAGUACAAUAUCCUCAUCCCCCAUAUUUUUUUUUGUUUAGCCGCUCUUAAAUUGCAUUUGAUGACUUUAAACUCCGUGGUUUACAAAAAUAGUGAAGACUAUUUUUUACCAGUUUACCAGAAUCAUGUUAAUACACGCUACACAUAGGUACGCCAUACGAAAUGAAUCAAGCAAUAGGAUAAAAUAGGAGUCAGACGGUUUAUGUUAAAACUUUAGAUCCAACACCAAAAAAACCCUCGCAAAAAAGAUUUCGACCAGUCACUCUGGUCUUCCUCAGUAGACUGACCCAGUGAGGCUUCUCACGUGGCUUCUUUGAAUUGUGACGUUAACACUGGGUCAAAGGUAUCUGGUAGACGAUGUCGGCCCCCGUCGCGGUUCAUGAUAGUAUCAGACGUUUUAGAUUGCAUCCAUCUUUUAUCAGGGACUAUAUCAUGUCUUACCUGUAUGUCUACCCUUCAUCGUCCAACACAUAGAUAGUUUAUGCACAAGAAUGGCUGUUGUACUUAUGCAAAACCCAUUAUACACUUCAAACUUAUCUCGAAAUAAUGUUGCAUUGACGUCAUGAUAAUGAAAGCUUUAUUUGUUUUAUAUAGGACAUAUGCUUCAGAAAAAGUGAAAAAAAAUACAGUGAUGUAAAAAUAUAUGAUACUGAUUUUGAUGUGUGACAUCGUUUUAUUCUAUAUCAAACACAAAUGCUUUGUAUGAUAUCUAAUUUGACCACAGUAAAACGACGAAGAAAUAAAAGCCUUUUUUAUUUACAUUUCUGUAUUAUGUAGUUGCAAGCAAAUUGUGCUGAUCAAUACAAAUAAGGGCAUUGUUACCGCAUGUACUUGUGUUACAAAUUAUGUUGUGGCUGUGAUUUUUUCCCGAUAAUCAUGUGUGUUGUAUAAAACAGUUGCCUUCUUUGUAACCGUUAGGCAGUGCCCAAACAUUGUUUGCUGUUUUACAUAAGUUUUUUUUCGGUGCUUUGUAGGAAUUUUAGUUCUAAUUCAGUAUUUACUUUGCAUCCAAUACAAUAAAUGUAAAAUGGACUGCGUUGCAAGAGAAAUACACAAAAGUUUUCGCGUGGUUUACUGACUUCAAUGCUUUUAGAUGUUCUUGGAAACCUCGUGGGUGUGCCUGGGGUUCCGCUACAUUAGACAUAAGUGCCUAUCCUACACUGGGGGUUUCUGUUUUCAAACUAUAAUGUACGACACAGUUGACAUUGUAUAAAAGCUUUUUCUAUCCCUCAAGAGAGCAAUAGCCUAUAUUAGAUUGAAGAGAGACCGUACGGGUGCUAUGUAACAAUAGCAUUUUAAAACAACUUUAGUGGGGAAGACUACUGAUAGCAAUACGAAAACAAAGUAUGAAGUAGUAUCAUAUUCUAGCUCACAUUAACGGGGGGCUGAGAGUUAUUUUCUCUUUUUAAGAGGACUUUAAGGGCUCGAAAUACUGGGUGCAUAUGCACCUUCCUUGGUGCAGUUAAAACUGGAGCU